CAGAUAAGCUACGCUUCCACAAGCAUUGACCUGAGUGACAAGUCGCGGUUUGAGUACUUCUCUAGAGUGGUUCCCCCUGACUCAUUCCAGGCUCGUGCCAUGGUGGACGUUGCAGCAAGUUUUGGCUGGAACUACGUCAGCACCCUGGCCGAUGAUGGAAACUAUGGAGAAAGGGGUGUUAGUGCUUUUGAAGAAAAUGCCAAGCAGUUUGGCAUAUGUGUUGCUCAGUCCUUGAAGAUUUCUAGACUUGCAACAGAUGCAGAGUUUGACAAGAUUGUUAACGAUCUUCUUGCCAUUAAUAAGGCGCGGGCAGUGAUCAUGUUCGUAAAUGAGGACAACUGCCGCAAGCUUCUCUCAACUCUGCGUCGGAUGAACCGUACCUCUGAGCUCACACUACUGGCCAGCGACAGCUGGGGCGCAAAGAUCCACCCAGUGUAUGGGCAGGAAGUGCUUGCUGAGGGAACAGUCAGUCUGCUUCCUAAACGCAGGGUCAUAGAGGAAUUUGAUGCCUAUUUCCUUGACCUUGACCUUUCCCAUGACCAGAGGGACCCAUGGUUUAGUGAAUAUUGGGAGUCCAUAUUUGACUGCAGUCUCAAGGGAAAAACAAACAAAACACAGUGCACAGGCAAAGAGGACAUUCGAACAUUUCACAAGGAGCACUAUGAGCAAGAAGGCCUAGUUCAGUUCGUCAUAGACUCAGUGUAUGCCCUAGCCUAUGCGAUUCACAACCUCCUGCAGGUGGUAUGUCCCUCUACGCCACACGAGUGUCUUGAGCGUGGAGUACUCAAUGGGGAGGAUGUCCUGCACUAUAUACGCAACGUCUCCUUUACUGGUAUCAGUGGAGACGAGGUGAAGUUUGAUGACAAGGGCGACGGCCUGGGCAAGUACGACAUCUUCCAGUACCAGUACGUCAACGAGGGGCGCUUCAACUAUGUGCAUAUUGGAGAGUGGACUGACAGAUUGGUAAUUUUCAACAACUCACUUAGAUUCCGAAACCGCGCCUCUGAGCCACCAAGGUCCGUGUGUAGCGAGGAAUGCCCAUUCGGUUAUGCAAAAAAUAACACAGGGGAAAGCGACAGCUGUUGCUGGGUGUGUAUCCGUUGCCUAGAGCACCAGAGACUGAAGAAUGAAUACACCUGCGAGGACUGUCCCAGUGGCUUCCGACCCAGCCAGAACCUCACUCUGUGUAUUCCCCUCCCCGUUGUACAUCUCAAGUGGGAUUCACUGUGGGUGCUGCUUCCUGUUUCCGUGUCAACUCUCGGAAUGUUGGCAGCUGCUUAUGUAAUAUACGUGUUUGUCAAGUACAAUAAUACACCACUUAUCAUGGCAUCCGGGCGAGAACUCUGUUACGUUAUGUUGAGCGGAAUAUUCAUGUCCUACGCCACGACUUUCAUCCUUCUGGCACGACCAUCGAUAAUCAUCUGCACAGUUAAAAGAUUUGUUCUAGGAAUCUCCUUAUGCUUGAUAUACGCUUCAGUUCUCAUAAAGACGAACCGAAUAUACCGAAUAUUCAACCGAGGGGUGAAGGCCAUGGUGAAGAAGCCAAGCUACACAAGUCCUCGAUCGCAGAUCUGCAUCUGUUUGUGUCUCGUCUCUGUUCAAGUCGUAGGGGGACUGACCUGGAUUGGGUUUGAAAAGCCAGAAACAAUGUAUGUGAAACAUUACACAGACUCCUUGGUGCUCACGUGUAAAGCAAGCCAGAUUGCUAUCCUGCUAUCGCUCACAUAUAACAUGCUUCUUGUUAUUCUGUGUACUGUGUUUGGAUUUAAGACACGGAAGAUUCCACAGAAUUUCAACGAGGCCAAGUAUAUAGCGUUCACAAUGUAUAGUACCUGCAUUGUAUGGCUAGCAUUCAUACCAAUCUACUUUGGUGCCAUUCACGAGUAUAAGAUUGAGGUCACAUCACUGUGCAUGUGUGUGAGUAUCAGCUCUACUGUGGCACUUGUGUGUCUGUUUGGUCCUAAGGUGUACAUCGUAAUCUUCCAGCCCCACAAGAACAUACGUCAGGGCACCAUGCCCUCUCUGCAGGCGGCGGGGCGGAGCUUGGCCAAGCCAUUUAUGCCAACAGCCAAUCAAAACAGGUUGUGCAGCACACCUACGUUGUCCUACGAGACAAAUAACGGACACUUUCACAGUGUACCGACGACUGUUGACUCGAAACGUACCACACCUACAAUCGAGGCUGUGAAUGACAUGUUUUCAGAUAGUCUUGAGGAGGAGGAGGAGGAAGACUUUUGUGAGGAUUCCUUUGCUGUGCCAAGGUCUAUGGAGGACAAAGCGACAUCAACGUCAGAACAAUAACAUGAUUUUGCUUUUUGGUUUCUUUUUUUUGUGCACAAAUUCGAUUUAUA